GACGGGUCGGGUCACGUUGGUGGAGCCCAAAUUACGGGUGUGAAAAAACUGAAAAUCAGACGGCCUCGUUGAAAGAGAUCCUUCGCUCCAUCCGACCGCCAUUUCUUAAGCUGAUCUCCUUCUCCGCCGAAUCUGAUAUCCGAGGGAAUCGAAGAUGGUUUGCUUGGCUUGUUUGUUGCCGUUAUUUAUAGUGCCAAUCGUCAAUCUGUUGCCCCUCAUCUUCGAUGUCAUCAUGGCGAAGGUGUAUAGAUUGUUUGGAUGGGAGUAUCGGAAGCCGGAGAGAGCGCCGCCGGCGUGUCCUAUGAAGCCGUCCGCCUCCAAAACCGCCACCAACAAUUCAGUUACAGGUGAAAAGAACCAUGCUGCACCAGAUCCAUCGCCAAAGCCCGUGACAGUUGAUGAUAGCAAGCAAGAUUAAAGCAAUGCCUCAACUUCUCUGUGAAACUACCGUAAGUCCAUUAUGUGAGAACUAAAUUUGGUAGAUCUUAACAAGAUAUUCUGCUGGUAUGGAUCAUUCCCGGAUUGCUUUUAUAAUGAGUUUGCUGUCACUUAUUUUACUAGAAGUGCACCUAUUUGUUCAAGUAAGCUAUAUUGAGUGUGUAGUUCUGUGCAGUUUCACAGUCUCAAUGGUUUUUCUGAUAUGUAAAACCCCUUUGUUCGUAAACCAAAAUAGGCCUUGUUCCUCGCUCGUAUUUUGUUGUUUGGGAAAUGAUCAGUGUCUUCUUGAAGCAUGAGUAUUAAGUUACCAUUUUA